CUAGUCACGUGGGGCCCUUGGAAAGCGGGGGCAUGAGGAGGUGGGGAGCGGCGUCGUGGGCGGAGCCUCCCGGUGGCCCCGCCCACGCCCCGCCCACGCCUGCGCAGUUGCCCCUCAGACGAGCCCGGGAAGGGACACAAUGAGGCACGAAGAGGAGGACCCCAAUGGCGCAGAGCCCCAGCGCGCUCCGGUCUCCCCCCACGGCGAGCCACAGAAAGUGGGGGAGGACGAAGAAGAGGAUGACGAAGACCCCGUGGAGGGGGACGCGGUCCCCCAAGAGUUUGUGGCCAUCGCCGACUACGUGGCCACGGACGGGACGCAGCUCAGCUUCCGCAGGGGCGAGAAGCUGCUCGUGCUGAGGAGGGUGACGGGCGCGUGGUGGUGGGGCGAGCGGGGGGGCCGGCGCGGCUACAUCCCCGCCGGCUACGUGGAGGAGGGCGCGGGGGACUCGGAGCCCGAGGACACCUGGCAGGACGAGGAGUACUUCGGCAGCUACGGAGCCCUGCUGCACUUGGAGAUGCUGUCGGACCAGCCGAGGAUGGCCGCGUACCACCAGGUGAUCCUGCGGCACCGCGACUUCCUGGAAGACAAGGUGGUUCUGGACGUGGGCUGCGGCACCGGCAUCCUGAGCCUCUUCUGCGCCCACGAGGCGCGGCCCCGGGCGGUCUACGCCGUGGAGGCCAGCGAGAUGGCGCGGCACACGGAGCGGCUGGUGUCGAGCAACGGCUUCGCCGACAAGAUCACCGUCUUCCAGCAGAAGGUGGAGGACGUGGCGCUGCCGGGCAAGGUGGACGUGCUGGUCUCGGAGUGGAUGGGCACCUGCCUGCUGUUUGAGUUCAUGAUCGAGUCGGUGAUUUUUGCGCGGGACAAGUGGCUGUCCCCCAAUGGCGUCAUCUGGCCGACCACGGCCGCCAUCCACAUCGCCCCCUGCAGUGCGGAGGAGGACUACGGCCAAAAAGUCCUCUUCUGGGACAAGGCCUACGAGUUGGACCUGAGCUCACUGAGAUCCUUGGCCAUCCGGGAGUUUCUCGCCAAGCCCAAGUACAACCACGUCCUGGAGCCCGAGGAGUGUCUUUCGGAGCCGCUCCCCGUCUUCCAGCUGGACAUGAGGACCGUGCAGAUCUCCGACCUCGAGAGGAUGAAGGGCGAGCUGUGCUUCUGCAUCCAGAGGUCGGGGACCCUGCACGGCUUCUCCGCCUGGUUCAGCGUCGAGUUCUGGAGCCCGGGGGAGGGCGGGCCGCAGCUGGUGCUGAGUACGGGCCCCUGGGACCCCACCACGCACUGGAAGCAGACCUUGUUCAUGCUGGACGAGCCUCUGGCCGUCCGCGCCGGGGACGUGCUCGCCGGCUCCAUGCUGCUGCAGAGGAACCCCGUGUGGAGGAGGCACUUGUCCGUCACCCUGAGCUGGACCAUCACCUCCCAACAGGACCCCAGCUCCCCAAAGGUUGGAGAGAAAACCUUCCCGAUCUGGAGAUGAUCGUCUGUGGGGGCCGGGCCGGCAGGUGGGGCCACAAUGGGGGGGCCUCUUUCCUCUCCCCCUCACAGCCCCAGCCCCAGAGCGGAAUGUGGAACACC